UUUGAUAACAAUUUGCAAGAAGAAGUGUGGUCUAUGAUUUGGAAGAUUAAAGUGCCAAGCAAAAUGAAGCUUCUUUUGUGGACUACCUGCCAUGAGAAGGUGAUGGGAAAUGCUGAGCGAAAGAAAAGAGGACUCACUUCGGAUAGCUAUUGCCCACUUUGCGGUGACCAUGAGACCACCUCUCACAUCUUUAGAACUUGCCCAAAAGCAAGACAAAUUUGGAAUUUUGUUGACAAUGGAGGUAUAGGUUGUAAUGGAGAUCACACGGAAAUGAGGAGAUGGGUUGGCGACAAUUUAAGGAGACAACAAGGCAGACACGACAACAAUAACUGGGCUGCCACUUUUGUCGUCACAUGUUGGUGGAUCUGGAGGUGGCGAAACAAUGUUGCCUUCGGUGGUGACGACCUUGACACCCAGUAUAAAGUGGCUUGGAUUAAGGGAUCAAUCACAGAGAUUGAAAGGGCAUUCGACAAAACUCAGGUAGCAACCCCCUCUUUGAUGAAUACAAGAGAUCCUCUCCUAAAAUGGAAUCCGGGAGUUGAUCAUGAAUUCACUCUUAAUGUUGAUGGAAGCAAUAAAGUUAUGGCAAACAGGGCUGGGUGCGGCGGAGUCAUUCGUAAUAAUAGUGGAGAAUGGCUUGGUGGUUUUUCCUACAGAACUAGACCAAAUAACAUCGAGGAAAUCGAGGCUAAAGCCAUCGAGAAAGGCAUCCAAUGGGCAUGUGGUAGAGGAGUGAGGGAUCUUGAGGUGCAGUCUGAUGUUAGAGAAGUUGUCAAUUGGAUUACAAGAUCGACGAGUUUGAGGGGACCCAUCAGCGAUACCAUUAUAGCGAUAAAGAGUUGGACAGACAGAUUUCAUAAAAUCAGCUUUAGAGCCAUCUUGCGUGAACAAAAUAAGGUUGCGGAUUGCCUUGCUAACCUUUGGGCUUUUCAAGAUAUUUCAUGGAGAACGUUUGAGGUCCCUACUGCAGAUGCAGAGUUGGAAAACUUGAAUACUGACGAUAUGAUGAGGGUCACCACGCGACACGCUACCACCACUUCACGAGGCUACUAGCUCGGGGUCUCCCCCUCCUUGUUGAUAAAAAAAAGCAUGAAAGGAAAGUCUUUUGAAUUUGUUGAUGGAUUAACUAACUUCAAGGUACGGAGUGUUGGAUGAUCAAAAAGACCUAUAGAUAUGCAAUUUCAUGUAGCGGAGUUUGGGAUUUUAUGUUGGAUGCGUGGGCAAAUAAAGCUGGAUAAGAUAC